UAAUAAGAAAUCUACUUCCAUUUUGGAUGCCGAAUAACUUUUCUUAAAUUAAUUAAGAUAUUGACAUUGAAACCGUUGGAAGAAUUUUUUCUUAAGCCUACCCGAGUCAAAAAAUUAGAUCUGUUUUAAAAUUACAUGAUAAAUUCAAAUAUUUUUUUUUUAAUUCAAGUUAUAAAUCGUAAUUAUUUUAUAUAGGAGUUUAGUCUGUUUUUGUCCGUACUAGUCAUUAUCCAGGCCAAUAUCAGACUUAUUUUCGUAUGAUAUUUAGUCGGUUUUAAAUCGCGUUUGGACUAAAAACAAAUUUUUUUAUUAUAAUUAUUGGUCUGUGUUCUAUUGUUUUUAAGGACAAAAACAGACUUUAUUUACUAUAGUUUUUAGUCUGAUUUCAAUCGCUUUUAAAUCAAAAACAGGACUUUUUACAAGUAUAAAACUGUUAUUGAAGCGGACGGGAUUUAUAUACUAGUUAAUUAAUCAAAUUUGAAUACAGUUAUGACAGUUGAAAGUCACUGAAUAUUUUUUACAAAAAGUGAGGGGUAGCAUGUAAGAAUGCCUUUAUGUUUUGAUAUACUGCAACCAGGCUUUAUUAUGUGUGGACCCAUGAGUGGCCAUAUAAUAAUUUACACCUAAUAAUAUUAAGUAUAAGCCGAGGAACUAGGUGAAAAUGAGCAGAUCUAAUUAUACUGAAAUUUAUAUAUAAUCAUGCAUAAAGAUAAGUGUGACUAUACAUGAUCAAUAUAUAAAUUCGAUUACCGUUUUAUUUCACCCUGUCUAAUUGCAUAUGAUCAGGCCUACUUUCUUUGAGACAUGUGAUUUAAUUUUAUUACAACUGAAAUUUCGAAGUGGUUGAUUUAACUUCUUUCUUGUUGAUUGAUAUCACUAGUUUUCGACACAAGAUGUGUGGUUUUACAAUAUCAAAUUUUUUUACUUUUUAUAUUACAUACAAAGUCUAAAUCGAUUAUUGUAGCUUAGUAACUGUCGGUGCUAAGUAACAGAGAAUCAAUUUAAUACUUUAAGUCAGUAUUUUUUGUAAUUGUAAAUAAGUAUUCAAGUCAGAAAGUCAGAGUUAUUAAUUUUUUAAUUUCAAUAUAUUUUCCAUUGAUAGAAAACAUUUAAAAAAGUACUAUUCAUUAAUUAAAUAUAUAAAAGAUAACACAUGUCAAUUUUAAAACCUACAACGUGUAAGGACGCUGCUCGACGCUGGGAAGAAGAUAAUAAAUGUGAUGCUUCAUCUGCGUUGGACGUAGAUUUGAGUUUUCAAUGGCCUCCUGUAGAAAAAAUGGAUAAUUCUCUGGCUUUAUUUUCAAAAUGUCUAAAAUUAUCAUUAUCAACAAAUAUGAUUGAAAAAAUUGUUGGAAUAAGUUCUCUAAAAAAUUUAAAGAUACUAUCACUAGGACGAAAUGUUAUAAAAGGAUUUUCUGGUCUUGAACCACUCGCUGAAACUCUCGAAGAACUAUGGAUUUCAUAUAAUUCAAUAGAAAAAAUGAAAGGUAUAGCAACAAUGAAAAAUUUAAAAGUACUUUAUAUAUCAAAUAACCUUGUUAAGGAGUGGAAUGAAUUCAUGCGCCUUCAGGAAUUGAUGAACUUACGUGAAUUAUUGUUCGUCGGUAAUCCGCUUUGCGAAGGUGUUGAGGUGGAUCUUUGGAGAGUCGAUAUAUCUAAACGGUUACCAAGCUUAGAAAAGCUUGAUGGUGAACCGUUAAUUAGAACGGAAGAUAGUCCUGUUCAACCAGCUCAAGCAUCAGUAAAGUUAGAUACUUCGAUAGUAGGGGAAAGUGGGAUACCUACGAAUACUUAAGAAUAUAAGCUAAUGUUUAACAAAUUAAAUAGAAAUUUAGUUAUGACUAAAAGUAAAUUAUAAUUUAGCGGUUAAUUAGAAACAUUGAUUAAUCAUCAAUAUAAGUAAUCAUUAGUAUUAAUCAGAAUGAUUCAUUCAUCAAGUACAAUUAUUAAAAUUCAUAAAAUUUUAUUAAUUUACAAUUUUUUUUUUUGGUGUCACGACUAAAUAUUACAGUCAUAAUAUCAUGUGAUAUUUUGACGUAAUGUUAUCUCAAUGUAUAGGCGGUGAUAUUUUGUCGUGUGAUAUUAUAAAUGUGAUAUUUACUUAUGUAACCUUCUUUUUCUAUUUAAAUUUAGAAAUUUAUUUUACUUUAAACUGAAAAAUUAAAUCAUCAAUGUUCAUGAUUACCUUGUGGG